UUUUAAUUAAUUUUCUUCAUUCUAGUGAAUUAUUGUCGUACUUUUCUUCUUACGUAAUGUGAGAAUACGUGUGAAUGUUAACAUAUUGGUUAUAGUUAUGAAGAAAAAUCAUUACCCAUGGAUAACCGCGGAUACCCGAAACCCGAACGGGUAUGGGCAUGGUUUUAAUAUUCUACCCGUUUCACAUGUGGGUAUGGGUAUGGGUAAAACCCGAACUACUUUGGGUAGGGCAACGGAUAUGCACUAUCCGUCCCCGGCCCGACCCAUUGCCAUCCCUAGUUUGGAAUGAUUGUUCUGAUGAUGAGUUAUUUGGACUGAAAUAAUUUAGAAUGAGUUAUUUAGACUCAAAUAACUUGUUUAAUUUCAUAAAAUGGGCAUGCGUUAAUUGAUGAUUGAGUUAAUUUUUUUUUUUUUUUUUGUUUCAGGGGAGGCCUCACAGCCAAAGCAAAAGAAAUUACAGGGGAGGGAGAUUAGAGAGUAGAAUGGUUUCCAGGAGAACGAACAACGUUUCUGGGGAAAGAUUGUCCUCUACAGUCAUCACCAAUAAUGGUUUGAAGGCUUUGAGGAGGAGUUUCUAGAUCGUACUUGCCGUAGGGAUAGACGAGACUGUGCUUCGAGAGCCAGUCCGCGACUCUAUUCCCUUCUCGGUAAGUCCGAGACUGAGUUAAUUGAAGAUAAUGAGAAACAUGCUAUUUAAAAUACCCACCACCCCAUGUAAUUUCACAAUAAUGCAUUCCUCUCGCCUCUGUUCUUUCUCAUCCCAAUUUUGUCCUCCUCUUUCCAUCGACUUUUCCCUUUCUUAGUGCGUCCCUUCGUCUCUGCUGGUAAAUCAGACGAAUUACCUUCCUUCCUGUCCUCAAUCUUAUUCCAAAUUUGUCUCCUUCGUCGCCAACAUCGUGGAAGCUUGCCCGAAAUUGAUUGUAACCCUACUUUGACUAUCAAUCGAAUGUGUCGCAAAUCAGGUCAUCAGAGCUCCUUCUCUCCGCUUCUUUCUCCUCUUACGACCUCUCCAUUUGUCAUACCGGAACGAGAAUGAGUCUUCGAGUUCUGCUUCUACUUCAAUUGGGGUUUGGGUUUGGAUUCUCUUGAACCUGGGGUUGCAUAGAUCUAGAAUUGAGUGUGUAUUCUCUACUUCUUGAAUCGAAAAUUCCUUCCUCACGCAAUCGGAGAUCUCGUCGCCCUCUAUCAACAAUUUUUCAUGGAGCGAAGGUCUAUUUUUCGAUUUUCCUUUUCGCCUAACCUUAUCGUUGGACUUAUAAGUUGAACAUUUGAAUAUUGAUGUCAUAUAAGUGUGCGUGAAUUUUCAUUAUAUAUUGGAUACAAGCAUGACUAUGUUAUCUUGGUGUGUAAAAUUGCGGAAGCUAUAGAAGAAGACAAGGCAAGAUUUACGUGGUUUCCCCGAUAUCGGGACUAGUCCACGGGAGAGCACAACUCCCUGGUUGAAUUCUUAUUGAUCAAUGCUUGAUUUUGGCUCUCGGCCUUACAAGACCUUUUAUAUCCUUACAUCUAUCAUCUAGGAUACAACAAGUAGGGCAAACAGCAAAGGAGGAGUGGGUGUGAGCAACUGUGGGCUUGUGGUCUCUCUCGGCGUGCGCUAUCUCGGACGAGCCCAUGAUGGGCUUAGUGGAGAUAGGCUGCUGGCCCAUGUACGCCUAUACUCCCCCGCAAGCUGGAGCAUGAAGAUCACGAACCUGCAGCUUGGACAAAAGGAAGUGAAAACGCUCGGCACCCAAACCUUUAGUAAACAUAUCAGCAACCUGCAGAUGGAAACUGAUCUUGAUAGACGCAAUCUCGCCAGACUGAACACCUUCACGGACAAAGUAGCAGUCCAUCUCAACAUGUUGGGUGCGCUCAUGAAGCACCGGAUUAGCAGCUAUGUGAAGGGCUGCUUGAUCGUCAUAGUGAAGAGGAGUGGGGCCGCGUAAAUGCACACCAAGUUACUGUAACAGCCACCACAACCAAAACACUUCACUAACCGUGCUCGCCAAGGCACGAUACUCAGCCUCGAUAGAGGAUCGAGCUACCACAUGUUGUUUCUUGGUUCGCCAAGAAAUAGCACACCACGAAGAGUAAUGACAUAGCCGGUAGUAGACCGGCGAGUAGACUAGCAACCUUCCCAAUCGGCGUCAUAAUAGGCAACAAGAUCAAUUGUGCUAGUCGCAAAAAAAAAAAAAAAAACUUGUCUAGGAGCAACCUUUAGAUAACAAAGAAUCUUGUUACCGACAUCCAUACGAGCCUGAGUGGGAGCAUGCACAAACUGGCUAAGAAUAUUAACCGCAUACGUGGUCGAGUAACAGUCAGAUAACGUAAGCGACCAACCAACCGGCGAUACGCUGCAGGAUCGACAUGAUUGGCAGAUGCAGGUUGGGUAAGAUGGUGAUUCUGCUCGACCGGAAAUGCACUGGGGCGACUAGCCAUGACACCAGAGUCGUGGAGAAUAUCAAGGUGUAUUUUCUCUGACUAAGAACCAUGCCUUCCGGUGACCGGGCCACCUCGAUCCCCAAGAAAUAUCUUAAAUCACCCAAAUCCUUGAUAGUGAAGCGAGAAUGAAGGAACCACUUGACACGAGUGAUGAAAGCGAGAUCAUUCCCGACCAGUACAACGUCAUCGACAUAAUGAGAGCAACAACAUGAGUACUCCCCCGGCAAAAAACAAACAUAGUGAUCUGCAGGUGACGGACGGAACUGCACUUCAGGGUGAAUUUGUGAUACCAAUUCCUCGAAGUCUGCUUAAGCCCAUAAAUAGAUUUGUGAAGACGACAAACACGAGUAUCGCCAGGUGCAGCGAAGCCUUCGGGAAUCCGCAUAUAAACUUCUUCAUCUAAAUCACCAUGAAGCAAUGCGUUAUUUACAUCCAGUUGAUGAAUGUACCAUACCUUGCUAACGGCAAUAGCGAGAAGGCACCGUACAGUAACCAGCUUAGCAACUGGCGCAAAAGUAUCGUGAAAAUCCACCCCUUCUAUCUGCGUGUAACCCUAGGCCACCAACCUUGCUUUGUAUUGCUCCACAGUACCGUCGGGAUUAAACUUAAUUUUGUAAAUCCACUUCGACCAAUAACACGUUUGUUAGGUGGUAAUACGACUAGACUUCACAUGCCAUUUCCUUCAAGAGCCAGCACUUUGGUUGCCAUGGCACGUAGCUAGCACCAUGCAAGAAGGCCUCAUGAAAUGUGCGAGGUUCCAGGUUGUGAGCAACUGCAGCAAGGAAGACACAAUAAGACGCAGAUAACUUGUCAUAAGAGAGAUGGUUAGAAAUAGGAUAACACACUGAAUGAGCAUCAUGACCUGUAUAAUAAUCAUCAAGUCUCUACGAACACGUGUCCUAUCACCCCAACCCAGCUGCGGAGGAGGAGAAGAGGGGCUCGGUCUGACUUCAGGUGGAGAGGCGGUGGUCUUGACAGUGGAAUGAGUGGUAGGAGACACUGUUUCUGCUGAAGGACCGUUCGAGCGGAGAGACGAGGAUAGGCUGGCUGGUGGAACAAGCCCACCUGAUUUGUGGGGCAGGGAGGAAGGCUGAAUGGGCCCAGAAGAAGAGGACACAUGAGUGGGUUCAACAUCACCACUUUUCGUCGAAGGCAAAUCAGGAGUUGGGUCAGUCAGAACUAAUUCAUCCUCUAAGUCAGCAUCUGGUCGAGAAAAUUCACUGCCACGAACCUAAUGAAGUUGCUGCGAGGUGUCAGAGUGGAAAGGAAAAACCGAUUCAUGAAAUAUCACAUCGCGCCUGGUGAGAAUUUUCUUGCUCACCAAAUCAUAAACACGAUAAGCUUUUUGACUAGCCGCAUAACCCAUAAAAACACUCGCACGACCUCGUUCAUCAAAUUUAUCCAGAUGAGAAUGAGUAUCCUUGCUAUACACAAGGAACCCAAAAACACGCUAGUGAGAAUAACUAGCCAGCUUACCAAAUAUAACCUCAUAAGGGGU